GGCGCAUGCGCAGCCCAGGGCGGAUAGAGAGAGCGGCAAUACCGGAGGAGGGGAAGAUGGCGGACGGUAGCGGCAAACUGAAGGAGCUGCGGGAGCAGAUGGUGGCUGCAGCUCAAGCACUUGCUGAUGAACGAAGAAGCCAAGCUGGCUCCAGUCCCAAUCCCGUCCAGUCUGCAACAAGUGGAAAGGCAACUAAGCCAGUAAUUGAUGGCUCAUCUUUAAGAACUGAUGAGAGACAAAGAUUAGCCCGAGAACGUAGGGAAGAGAAAGAGAGGCUAAAUGCUGCCAAAGAAAAAGAAUUGCUUGAAAAAGAAAAGAAAGCUAAGCUGCAAUAUGAGAAACAUAUGGAGGAAAAGCAGAAGAAGCUUGAAGAACAAAAACUAAAGGAUGAGCAUAAGAGGACAGCAGCUGAAGAAAAGCGAAAACAGAAGGUGCACGAAGAAAAGGAACGCAGAGAAGCAACCUUACGACGUACUCUUGAGCGUAGUAGCCAGUUAGACCAGAGGCAAAAGCGAUGGUCAUGGGGAGGAGUGGGAGACGGAGAUAAAACCGGUGCCCCAGGAAACGAUUCUCCCAGCUCUGUAGAAAAUAUAAUCAAAAAUACUUCCACUGCUGUGGCACAGGCAGAAGAUAAGAGUGGACCUAGUGCAAACAAGCGUUCCAAUUCAGCAUCUAAUUUAAAGCAGGCAGACAGCGUUGUGAGUAAGCGAUUGUCCUCUUCAUCUGCCACUCUUCAGACUUCUUCAGAAAAAGGUACCAAGCAGAGAAGUUCAUCAUUAAGCAGACUGAGUAACAAAACUCCCCUCAGUCCACAGCCCUUCUUGCCUAGGGUUUCCAACCAGGACAAUAAAGGUGGAGCACCACAGAAGAGAAGCUCUUCGCUCAGCAGAUUGAAUAAUAAAAAAACUUCACUUGUAGAGGGUGUGAACAAGGAAGAAAACUCAGCUCAUCGCCCCCAGACCAGUCCUCUGGAUAGUAGUUUAAUCAGUCGCCUCCUCGCCCCCACUCAGUCUUCCCUAGCUAGGAGUAAGAGUGCUGCUACAUUAUCAGCUGAUGGAAAAGAUUCGCCAGAAUCUCACCUCUGUCCUCGUUCAGCUUCAGCCACUACCAUCAAUACCCCACCCUCCGUCUCUAAAGGUCCUAUGCGUAGUCGCAGCAUUGACAGAUUGAAGUCACCUCAAAGUGCAACCUCCGGUGCCAGCUCCUCUGAAUCUAGCCAGAAACCAGAGAAUGAAAAAUCAUCACCUCCUGCUAUUGGGAAGCGCCCUCCGUCUCCUAAUGUGACACUAAACAGACGAUCUCCUUCUCCAGCUAGUACUACAAAGCGAGCUCCCUCACCAACACUUGAAAAAAAGACCAAUAGUUCACAGGCACAAAAGAACCGUCCUCCAUCUCCAAGUUUAUUGAAGCAAAGACCUCCUUCUCCUACAGUAGUCCACAAGCCAAUUCCCAUCCAGCGUCCCUCUCUCACACCAACUGUCUUAACUGCUACCAAAAAGAAUGCUGAUUUAGAAGCCAAGCCAAAGGAGAAAUCUGUAGACGGAAUCAGCUCGGAGCCAAAAAAUGUACAGGCCUCGGAGAAAGAGACACCUGUUACAAAGACCAAAGAUGAAUCCAGUAAUAAGACUUUAUCGGGGAGUACUACAGCUGAGGAGGCUGCCAAAAUCCUGGCUGAAAAACGGCGUUAUGCUCGAGAGCAGCGAGAACGUGACGAGAAAGAACGGAUUCAGAGGCAACAGGAAGAAAAAGUAAGACAGGAAGAGAUGGCUCGCAAAGCUGAAGAGGAGCGACAGAGACUGCAAGAAGAAGAAAAAUUACUUGAAGAAAGAAGAAAACUAGAGAGAGAGGAAGACGAAAGAAAAUCUCAGGAAGAAAAACUCUGCAGAGAACUAGAAGAACAGGAGAAAUUGGCAGAGCUUCAGUUACAGAAAGAAGAAGCUGAAGCCAGAGCUCUUGAGGAAGCUGAAAAGCAAAGGCAAGAAAGAGAAAAAAUCAUGCAGCAAAAUAUGCAAGAAAGGCUUGAAAGGAAAAAGAGAAUUGAAGAGAUAAUGAAGAGAACCCGAAAAACAGACCAAGCUGAUGCCAAGAAUGAGGAGGAUGAAGAAAAUUUCAAUCUGGAUAAAAACUCACCUGAUAGCACCAAUGACUCCGAUUCGUGUGAUGAUGCAGAUGAUCUUCAGGAACUGCAAGUUACACCAACUUCAUCCUCCCCAGAUUUUUUGUCUCGGGAUGCAGCAGCAGAGGGAAUGAAUGAAUUAUUUGUGAAUGGGGAUAAGCCAGACAUUGAUCAGAAGCUUAAUGGGCACUUUUCAGAUACAACGCCCACAGUAUACAGUCAGGUGGCAAAUGACACUGUUAAUCUGAGCCUAGAUCAGCCAUUUCCCAGUGAGGAUGACCAAAGAGGUGAACCCAUAACCAAAAUAAAUGGGAAGCCCUGCACAUGGACAUUUGAAGAAAUCAUUGACCUGGAAAUUCAUUCCAAGACUAGUAGCUUGUCUGAGCCCAACACUACAGAUGGCUGCAAUCAGGACUUCAUAGAAUCUGCUACAAUUCCUCCAAAGUUGGCUUUUGAAGAGGGACAUGUGAAUUCUUUGUCCAUGACUAUUGAAACUGCGGCAGAAAUGUGACACUUUGUCAGCCCUGAACUUCUGAUUGCACUUCGCUCUCCAGUAUUUGAUAAAGCGCUGAAGCCUUGUCAUUAGAAGCUGCUACAUCAAGAUGUUGCUUGACUGCAGAAUGUUGUGGCCGUGGAAGGAACUGAAGUUUCACCUUUAUGACAUUUCUUCAUGGAGAAUAUUUUAGCUUUGUCAUUCAUCUUUCUGUUUUGUUGAACAAUUACACCGGGUUUCAGAAGUUUACUAUCCAUCUUGUUACAUUUAACGAUAGAGCGUUCUAGUUAUCCCUCCAAUUGUUUUCUCAUUUGGGAAAUUCUAACAAGCCGGUUACUGUCCAUAGUUGGGCUCUUCAAGCACUUACACACGUGGCAACAUUGCUGGUGAUUGACCAGAAAGGUAACAUGAAUUUUUUUCAGAAAUCUUGCAAUAGGAAAUACAUCGUUGGUCACCCUUUAACAUUUAAUCGCAAUGGUGUCACAUAUAACAAAGACUAUAUGUUUACUAAUCAAAUAAUGUUGCUUAAACUGGGUCCAUUACCCACCCUGUGUGUCCGUAAUAGUUAGUAUCUCAUGACUGCUUGCUCUUGUCGGCAUUUUUUUUUUAAAACAUUUCAAUUCUUUUCUUUUUUUUUCAUAUGUAUGUAUUUAAGUUGAAUAUGUAAGUAUUAUUUUAUUGUGUACAUAAACAGCAGUAUUAGACAAGUACUUGACCUUUUCUGAGGUUUUUGUUGGAGCUCAGAUUAGUUUUUCCAGAAAUGUAGUUCUGCUCUCUCUGUACACGCCAUCCUGUAGCUGGGCUCUGUGCAGUGGGCAGCACCAUUCUGACCACCCGCUGAACUAAACCGGGCCUCAUAUUCUAACUUCAAGAUGAUUUCUCAUGUUUUCUGCCUCUUGGCAUCCAAAACAAGCUUGUAAAAGUACUGUAUGUAUUAGUCUAGUUUACAAUUGCCUUCUCUUUUCUGCUGCAGAAACACAAAAGGGACUAUUUGUUGGGGUAUUGCUGCAAAGGAAGUUGCUGCUUUAGUCAGGCUUUUAGCGGUAAGGAUGAGAUGAAGAAAUAUUUGACGCGUCCUGAACAGCCGCACUUAUGGCUGAAUGCAGUAAAACAAAGCCAUGGUUCCGAUGAGAAUGCUUACAAGUCAUUUGUUGGUUUUAUAGGGAAAGCCUCUUUAUAUAGGCAAAUGUUUUGCAUAUCUUGUGCCUUUAGAAAUAUGCAGUCUAAUGUUCUAGUCACAGGAGUUGAGGAACCCAAUUUUUCGAUGUUUAGAAGUUUAUAGUAAUCUUGGCGCUAUGAUAUCACUUGCAUAUUGUGACAGGAUAAAUGUUGUUACAGUCCUCAGGGACUCCUUACAGUGCAAUUGUUUGCAGACACCCAAUGUUUAUUAGAGUAGCUCACUGGUGUGUAUGUACAUAACCCUUAAUCAUAGACUUGUAUUUUAAUGAGCAUUUAUUUAUUGGAAUAUAAGGCACUUGCAUGGAAGACUUGAAGCACACAGUGAUGAGGAAUUUGGAUUUAAGGGUGGCAGACAUGAGAUCCACCUUCUCUCUGAUGACUUUUCCAUCAUUGCUGCUUCCCUGAUUGUGCUUGAAGAAGUAGAUGGAAGGAGUGACAGGUCAUGGGCACUUACCUUCCAUCAGUGUCAGAUGAGGUUAUUUUAGUAAUUAUUCUUUCCUGUCCCCCCCCCCCCCCCCACCACUAAAAAUGUGAUUUACUGCAAUUACUAUUUAUCGGUUGUUGAAAGCUUUCCAUGUCGCAUGUUCCAGCAGUGAAAGGGCGUAAGAAGGUGACAUUACCCCUGCUUUAGGGACCUGUGGUCAUUCCCUUACAAGUGCAAGCCAAUAGGAAGGACAAUUGCUGCUCAAAAGCACCGUCAAUGAUCUUGGAUGUGUCUGUCAUAUUGAUGCAGUUGACACAGGCCCUUAGGCAGCGGUGAAAACCAUAGCCAGCUCUAUUACGCAUUUGGGAGGUAAUCCUGUCCCUCAGGUUUUAGCCAUAUCACUGUGUUGGGUCACUUUAUAUAAUGAUGGUACCUUGUCACCAAAUACUUUUGUCCCAAAUUCAGAGGUGUUUUUUUUGUUACCAAAUACUAUACAAAAUUUCCACUGCUGCAACAGAGAAAUCCUCCUUUUGAUAUUUUAAAGUGUUACACUGGCCAUUAAUUUUACAAUUCUCUUUAAAUCUACCUACAAUUAUGUAGUGCAAGGGGCCUGCCUGACUGUAUUGUUUAGGUUUGCCUUCAUGUCACAUAGUUUUGGUGACUGUAAAGGAGAUUGUACAAUUGGCUUGUUUACGGUAUGGCCAGCUUUAGAUUAAAGACGUUGAUCUGCGAUUGGUUUCUGCACACCUUUGCUUUUUGCACAUUAUUAGAGUCCUUAUGUUCCAGCGAUGUGUAGAAAGCCGCUACAGAUCAAAAGCAUUUAUAAAACGAGUACAUAUUGAAUCUUUUUUUAUAUAUAUAUUUACAGCAAUGUUUUGUGCAAUUCCUUGCUCUGACAUAUCAAUUGUAAUAUAAAUGGUUUCUAGUAGAUGAAAUGUUUGGCAAAGAAACAAUAGUAUAAACUUGAAGUUCCUCUUUGUAGAUUAAACCCAUCAUCAGACUUGGCUUUGUAGAAUUGUUCAGACAGCAGUGCCUUAGGUAAUCCAGAUUAACAUGUAUUUUUGUAUGGACACUGUAACUAGCACAGACAAUCUAACCCAUAAAAUGCUUCUAUUUUGUGUGCAAACUGUUACCUGUUCAUGUCCUAGCUACAGCUACUAUGUAAAUAUGUUACCUGGUAAAUAGACUUUACAAAUAAACUAAAUUCAUGUCAUAAUAAACAUAUUGUUUAACUAU